AUGACACAACAUCGAAACAGGAACAAAAUGGCUAACCCGUUCCUUGAAGAAGACGAAUUAAGCGGCCCAAUGGGCCCUUCAAAUCGUGGAUACGGAGAAAUAGAAGAUGGAAGAAGAAACAUUUUGGAACAAAUUAAUGCUUCAGAGGACCGACAGCUUGAAAGCACGCGGAGAGCCUUGAGUAGCUUAUACGAUUCUGAGAGAAUGGGAGUCGCGACAGCUGAGGAACUGACACGUCAAGGUGAGCAGCUCAAUAAUAUAGAAAGUAAAGUGACAGAUAUUGAUAAAAAUAUGACAACUACACAGAAACAUUUAAAUUCUAUCAAAAGUGUUUUUGGGGGAAUAAAGAACUGGUGGUCUACCAAAAAAGAGGACACAAAUACUCGACCUGAACCAGCAGAGACAUCAAGUCGACUGAAGCAGGCCAUGGAAAAUCAAGGUUCCCCUAUGGGAGCAGAAGCAGGCCGCAGAAAAGCUGACACAUCUGGGUUUGGGAUGGAAGAAGAUGAUCUUGACAGUAGAUUUAUGGCAGGCUCAAGGAAACCAGUUGAGAGUCAAGGUUAUGGACAGGCAUCAAGGCAGCAGCAGAUUCUACAGCCAGUUACUGGUAGUGGUAGAGAGGAGGAAACAAAUGACAAUCUAGCACUGAUGUCUGACGGGAUGAGUCGCUUAAGGGAUCUUGCUUUGGGACUUGGAGACGAAAUUUCACGUCAGAAUGAUCAGAUUGAUCGUAUUACUCCUAAAGUGGACAAAGUGAAUGUGAAAGUCGACGAUCAGAACAGACAGAUGAGAAGGAUUUUACAUAAAUGAAAUCUGUGUAAUCAUGUAGCUGUCAUUUGUGUUUGUGAGAUUCUUAAUUGGUAUAUUUAAACUGACAUUAAUUAUCAUCAACAGAGGGUGAUAAAGUUAGAUAAAAAAAAUGUAGUAGAGGUAUGUGAAAAUAUGUAUUGUUUUUAUGGGUGAAUAUAUGAGUGUUGCUAGGAAGUUAAUGGCUUAUUUCAUCAGUGCUGGUUAUUUGUAUUUUCAAACAAAAAGGAAAUUGUUUCACUUUAACUUUUUGUCAAGUAAAAAAAUACAUAAAGAAGGGUGAUUAAAUGGCUAAAACUGUUCUUGAUAAUUAUUAUAUAGUGCUCACAGGUGAUUGAUAAGAAAAGGCCCCAGGGUCCUGUCUGGUGUGUCUGAUAAUGUGCAAUGUAAUAUCUAUCAUAUAUUAUAUUGACAUUCUAGUGCCAUGUAACAUCCUUCUAUCUUCUACAACAUGUUAAACAUCUGGCCCUGGUUGUUCAAUAUUUAGUUCAGAGUUUCCACAAAAUAUAUCAGUCUGACCUGUCUUGACAAAUCUGAAGCUGUGAAAUGAUAAAGAAUGUUUCCUCUUUUUUUAUUUGUAGCCUUUGAACAACCAGGCCCUGUUGUAUCUUAAGCAUACAUAUAUAUAGUUUUAAAAAAAUCAAGGACAAUGCUUAAUAAAGACAACGUUUCUAUUUCUUUUCAUGACUACUCCUUCAGUUUUUUAAGCUGUGUAUUCCUUUCAUUAAACAUGUUUGCUGUUUAAAGUAUUUUCUGAAAAUUUCCGUUUAAUAGUAUAAAACUAUUUUUAUGUGUCUUUGAUGUCAGAAAGCUGUCUAUCCUUUACUUAUUUACCUUCAAAGUACUAUGACAAUGUCUUGAUAAAAUUGAUCUUUAGCCUUUUUAUUACAUAAAGCUUAUUGGAAGUUGAAAUAAUAAUUGACAGAAGACUUGAUAUCAUUCCAAUGAUACUGGGUACGUGGGAGGUGCUUCCUAUUUAUUAUAGGUGACAUUAGUUUGUUAGGUCAACUUUAGUAAUGAAAGCGUUGGGGACUUUUUUUCUUGGCUCAUUUAUCAUUUGCUAUCUUGUCCAAGCCCUUCUACAUUACAUGUGACUAGAACUUGAUACUUUGGUUACUGGUUCAUUUUGGUGAGACAGUGUGUCAGUAGGGAACUGUAAUUCAUCAAGUAAUCUUCUUAAUUAGUGCUUGAAAUAUUGGGUAAUUGUUUCAAAAUGUUAUCCUGUCUCAUUCUCCAUGGAAAGCUGGCGUAGUGAUUUAGAUAAUUAUUUUUUGAUCCCUUACCCAAAAGUCCAUCAGCUUGUACAAGCAUAUCUAUAUCUUGUUUUCUGGAUUCAGUUCUUAGUACGUCAUACAAGAAAACUUACUUUUUAUUCCCAUGACCAGGCUAAUAUGUAGUUGCAAUGGUAUAUUUUAAUCUUGUAACAAAGUAGGACAUUGAUACUUUUUUAUAAUGACAUUAUUGUAAUUGCUGUUACAAAAUGUUUGGAUUUUGUUUUCAAUAAAACUAUGUUAUUUUUUGUAUUGUACCCACUGCCUAGCGCAUUUGAAUUACACUGUAUGUGUGUAUUAUCUGGUGGAGAUAAUUAGGAUUUUCUGCUCAUAUCAGUAGCAAAAAAACAGCAAAUGAAUGUUUUAUGUUAUAUCUUUUUAUUUGUAUCACAUGUAUUAUUUUCUUCAUACAGAAAUAUUUCUGAAAUAAUAUAUAAUGAUCUGAAUGGAGGUGUCACCAAGGGAGAUAACUCUUACACGGGUAAUCACACCGGCAAUAUAUUGACGGAAGAUGUUACCAAUAGUAUUCAUAUUACUUCAUUCUGUGCUGAUGUUUUUGAUAUUUUUGUUGUUGUUGCAUUACACUAUUCUGGUCAUUCAUCAUGAACAUUCUUUAUGGAAGCUUAUAUAGUUUAUCUGAACACAUCACAAUUCCAACCUUGGAAUGUUUUACCCUUCAUAUCAGUUGUUGUAAAGGGUAUAUCUGUACACACGUUAUCAAUGUGUCAAGAUACAUCUAGGGUCAUAAUAAUUUGGCUGUAAACAGGACGGCAUGUAAGACAAAGGACUUCAUAUAUCAAGGAUAUUUGGGUAAGAUUGUGAUAGGGUAAGCUUUAUGUACAUUGAAUUUUGUAGACUUAAAAUGAUAUUUAUUUGUGGUGAUAUUUUAAGUUUUUAUAGUUGUUAAUCAAAUGCAUCAAUUGUAUUGAUUCCAAUUAAAGUAUUUCAAUUUGUUCCUGUGUAAUAAACUUUGUAUACAAACAUUUACUUCAGGCUGUUCUAGUUUGGUGUUGUUUGUGCUUGUGGUACUUAUAUAUUAUGUUGGUUAUCAUUUCAUUGUAUGUGCAAUCAUGUUAUUAUAUUUCCACAGUCUACCACCGUUACCUUCCUGUAAGUUUGUUUGGUUCACAUUCAUUUAUACUGUCAUGUGAUAAAAAAACAGUUUUUGUAGUAAAUACAAAUGAUCCAAGUAUUGAA